ACGCUAUCUCCGUUACCAAGGCAUUCUCAAGGCAAACACUAGCCGGAUAGCUAGGCUAGCCAAUCUGCCAGAUAAUCUUAUAGCUAUGAUUUAACCCCCGUUUAGCGUACUGACUGGGGUUAACUUCAAGUAUUAAAGGGUUUUACCGGAACCAUCGACCCCAGCUCCAUUUUUAUUAACUCUAGCUUCUGGUCACUUCGCUGCGUGGCCUAAGUUAUAGGCUGAAACACCCUUUUUUCCUUGGGACCAGCUCAUCUACAAGCUAGCGAACUUAGUAACAAUAACGUUAGCUCCACAGCCACCAUGGCUGAAUUUGGGUUUAAUGAACACCAUCAGAAUGAAGUCAUCAAUUACAUGCGAUUUGCACGUUCAAAGAGGGUCCUGAGAUUGAAGACUAUUGACUCAUGCUUUGAAGAACUCAAAGACAGCAGGCUGGUGGACGAGACUUUCACAGUGGAUGAAGUGAAGGAGAUGCUGGACGGGCUGCAGGUGGUGGUGCGUGGGGAGGUGGAGAUGGAGCUCAUCAACACAGCCCACACCAACGUGCUGCUGCUCAGGCAGCUCUUCUCCCAGGCUGAGAAGUUUUACCUUCGACUACAGAGUGAUAUCUCAGAGCUGGAGAACAGGGAGCUGCUGGAACAAGUGGCUGAAUUUGAGAAGACUGACUUUAAAACCACCGAUAAGAUAAACCAGGAAACAAGCAAACCCAAGCUAGCGCCACUGAAUGAAGGUGGAGUGUCUGAACUUCUUAACAAGGAGAUUUCAAGACUACAGGAGGAGAACAAUAAACUGAAAUCCAGGCUGCGGACUUUAGAAUCCCAGGCGAUGAGUGCUCUCGAUGAGAAAACCAGGGCAGAGAGAGCUCUGAAAGACCUCCAGAAGGUGCAAGGAGAACAGCAGGUGGCUGCUCAAUCUCAGGAGAUCAGCAGUCUUGAGGAUACAGUGGCGGCCCUCAGGGUGGACUACGAAAGGUCUGUUAGUGCCAACGCGGUCUCCCAGAAGGACCUGCAGGAGAACCUGAUCGCGUCCAAACACGAGCUUCUGCGAGUGCAGGAGCAGCUAUCAAUGGCAGAGAAGGAGUUGGAGAGGAAGUUUCAGCAAACUGCGGCCUAUCGGAACAUGAAGGAGAUCCUGACCAAGAAGAAUGAGCAGAUCAAAGAUAUUAGGAAACGAUUGCAGAGAUACGAGCCCAAUGAAUAAGUUCUGCCCGAGACGGCAGACAGCUUGAACAGGUUAAGACGGGAGACUUUACUUCUGUGGUCUGGACAAGAAACCAGUCGGUUCCCCUGCUGUGAGAUAAGAGAGACAGAAAAAAGCACUCCGUCCACAAGGAUUUGUUUAUUCAUGCUUUACCUGGAAUCUUCAGUAGUUAUUGGCUUUUGCACAGUGCGGGCGCGGGGAGGUUGGCAGUACAUGCAGACGAAAUAGUGACAAAUGAUCUUCAGCUGUGCUUUUUUUUUCUACGUCUCAAUUUGGAGCUCACUUACAGUAGCUAGCAGACUUCCCUCAGUGCUCUAUGCAAUUACUAUCUCGUCCCUGUUUGAAGAGGCCUUGACUAUUUGCUGAAUUGGACAGAUCGUUGAACAUUCUGUCUGCCUGAAGCUUUGCAGUCUUAUCUUUCAGAUGGUUUUAAGUACAAAUUAGCUCUCUAUCACCAGUUAUGUAUAUUUUGCAGUUUUAAUUUUAGCAGCGUCUUUUGUAUUGUUGAGUUAGACCCAAGCCAGUUUAUUUAUAGUUUAUUAACAGCUUCAAAGUAAUGUUUCCUGACUUCGAUUUGUUUACCUUAAGAAAAAUAACUGUUCUCAUGAAGAUAUUUCCAAUGAUGUGACAUUCUGUGAAAGUCCCAUCAUUGAAAAUAUAAAAAAUUUCUUGCUUUUACGUUUUCUGUUUUUUUUCGCAUAUUGAGUGACAUGGAUAGCGAUCUAGAACGAUCCCCUUGCUCCCUUACUUCGUUACACAAAGGGCAUAGAAUAUUUUUGUCUGGAAUCUUUAACUGUGUACUUUUCGUAUUGCUGUGGGUGAUGGAGUGUCAGAAAAAGAAAUAUCAAUAUAUACAUGAUGUUCAUGAAGUAAUGCUCUUGUAGAGUAUGAUACAUCUACCCUGUAUUACACUAGAUGUGCAUUUGUUUGUAUCGUGCAAAGUAUGGGGUAAUAAAGCUGUUACCAAAUACA